GAAGAUGAGAGACGGGAUGUGAGAGAGAUUAUCGAAAAGCGAAGAGAAGUGGUGUUGUACAUUAUAGCCGAUACAAAUAACCAAACAGCUUUUAAAGAAGAAGAGAUACAAAAGAAGAGCAUCGUAAUUCUUACGUUUUGGUUUAUUUUCUUUAAACUAAACUACAUUGUUUUGGGAAUUCCCGAAGCCGGCGUUUCCUGCCGCAGUUUGAGUUUUCUUGCGGAUAUUUUUCCAUCCUAAAGGAAUGCCAAGGGAACUGACUCAAAACAGGAUCCAAAAAAUCUGGAUUCCCUCUAAGGAUGACAAACCUUCAAUGCCCCGCAUACCACAUGGAGGACCCCACUUGGCAAACCCUCCUACGGUGAUCGUGAUGGUCGGGCUUCCUGCUCGGGGCAAAACCUACAUCUCAAGGAAACUCACACGCUACCUCAACUGGAUUGGUAUUCCCACAAAAGUCUUUAACGUUGGCGAGUAUCGUCGAGAAGCGGUGAAACACUUCAGCUCCUACGACUUCUUCAAAUCCGACAAUGAGGAUGCCGUAAAAAUUCGACAGCAGUGUGCUUUGGCUGCUCUGAGAGAUGUCAAGAUCUAUCUCACUGAAGAGGAAGGUCAAGUGGCUGUUUUUGACGCUACAAACACAACCAGAGAGCGGCGGGAUAUAAUCCUGGAGUUUGGUGCCAAAAAUGGCUUCAAGAUUUUCUUCAUCGAGUCUGUUUGUGAGGACCCGAAUGUAAUCGCCUGUAAUAUUUUGGAAGUGAAGGUGUCAUGUCCUGACUACCAAGAUUGCAACAAGAUGGAUGCCGUGGAGGACUUUAAGAAAAGAAUUGAAUGUUACAGAGUGAACUAUCAGCCGCUUGACCCUGACCAAUAUGACAGGAAUUUGUCGUUCAUCAAAGUGAUAGACGUCGGUCGCAGAUUCCUGGUCAACCAUAUUCAAGACCACAUCCAGAGCAGGAUCGUCUACUACCUGAUGAACAUCCACGUGCAGCCGCGGUCUAUUUAUUUGUGCCGUCACGGCGAGAGCCAACACAACUUGCAGGGCCGACUUGGCGGAGACUCUGGGCUGUCUGCACGUGGACGAAAGUUUGCAGGAGCUCUUGCUAACUUUGUGGAGGAGCAGAACUUGCAGGACUUGAAGGUUUGGACGAGCCAUCUGCGUCGUAGUAUCCAAACGGCCGAGGCCCUCAACGUGCCGUACGAGCAAUGGAAAGGCCUGAAUGAGAUCGAUGCGGGUAUGUGUGAGGAGAUGACCUAUGAAGAAGUAAGGGAGAGGUUUCCGGAAGAGUUUGCUCUGAGAGAUCAGGACAAAUACUACUACCGCUACCCUUCCGGAGAGUCAUAUCAGGACUUGGUUCAGCGGGUGGAACCAUUGAUCAUGGAGCUGGAACGACAGGAGAACGUUCUUGUCAUCUGUCACCAGGCUGUGAUGCGCUGCCUACUCGCCUACUUCCUGGAUAAAAGUGCAGAUGAGAUGCCGUACCUGAAGUGUCCACUCCACACAGUCCUGAAGCUGACCCCAGUGGCUUAUGGGUGCAAGGUUGAAUCUAUCUGUCUGAAUGUGGAGGCAGUGAACACGCAUAGAGACAGACCAGAGGAGGUGAAGAGAGGCCCGGGCACUCUGAUAAGGAGAAACAGUGUGACCCCUCUCACCAGCCCUGAACCCAAUAAAAAGCCUCGCAUUGACGGUCUAGAUGACCCGAUCAUCAGAGAAGUGACGCCCGCCCAACUGACCCUGUGUUCAACAUCACACACCACACUCGCUCUGUCCACACAGCACUGGCUUAGUGAAGCUUGUCUAACCUGAAAAACUGCUCUAUAGAGUGCCACGAACCCCCUCAGCUCUGCCUGUGACACUGUCCGGCUAUGCUUUACUCAGCGCAGAUGAGUUUCCUGCCAAGCUGCUUUUCCUCUCACAGAGGAGUGUGCAUCCUUCUCCCAAGAAAUGGACACUGAGUGCCAACUGGGUUUUUCUAUUCGUCUAUGAAUUCAUGAUUAAUGUACGUAUUGUUUUGGUUUGUACCAGUAUGGAGAUUGAUGUUUUCUAUGUGUGUUUUGUGUAUGAAGACAAAUCAGAGCCCAGUGGCAGGGAUUAAACAUUCGGCUAAGUGGUGUCGUCAACCACCCUCACAUUUUUGGACACUAUUCCCUGUUUAUGUAACAGGAUACCACUUGUAGAUGUUUUUAUUCUAGUCUCGGCUAGUUUUUUUGAAACACUGAUGCCCUAAACUUUAAAGGAUGACACUAAAACAGACCAAAGAUCUCCUGCAGAUGCUUGUGGGCUGAUUUAUGUCUAUUCUGCACUCACUUUCAAAGAUAUGCUGCAAAUUAGUUGCACAUUGCAUCUUCUGUGUGCAACAAUGAAUCUUACCAUUUUUUUAUGCUGCUGGCAGUUUUGAAGGCUGUUUAAAAGUUCUCAUGUUGUCCACUGCAGUUUCAGAUGAUUUGUGUUAUGGAUUGUGCGUGUUUUUUGUGUGUGUGUUUCUAAGACCUGGCGACAAGGUCACUGUGCGAGGUUAUAAAAACAGGGUGUUUUAUGCAUCUUUGGAUGGGACAAAGUAAAACAGUGUUUAUAUUUGUUGUUUGUAAUUAAUGUAUUUUAUGGCGUGACGCAUAUCAGAUACAUUUUUAUAUUGUUCAUUGAUUCAUUCCCUUCCUAGAGUGCCUAGAGUUUGAGCGAUCAAGCCAGACUUGCUUUUUUUACAUUCUACUAUGAGAAAUAUGUUUAAAAAAUACAUUUGAAUGAAAUUAAGCUUUAUAUUUUAGUUUUACUUUUGUUAGCAUGUCUCAGCCUGAACAAGAGAUUAAACUUGUAGCCUAUUGGAUCAUUUGUGUACAGAUUUACCCCUGUAAUUCAAAUGAUUACGGUUCGAAUUUUUAGGAAUAGAGUAUAAUUUUAACUGACCAGCUUUAACUGUAAAUGUAUGGUUUCUAUGUAUUCUAUUCAUAACACACCUAUAGGUGCAAUGUUGUACAUUGGCUUGAAAUGGUAAUUCAUUUGUUCGCUUCUUAAUACUUGAAACUUAUUUUGUAAUAUCUUUCCUUUUUUUGGUAAAUUAAUAUUUAUUUAUUUGUACUAGACUGUGUUAUUAAGCACUUUGUUCAUUGCUGAGUUUGUAUAGCAUAUCCUCAAGUCUAAUUGUCUCUUUCUUAAGGAAAGUGAAUCAUUUAUAUGCAUUUACUGAAUCAAUAAACAUGCAGUCUAAAAGAGAA